AAAUAGGUAAUAUACAGUAUCACAAGACCCACGCAAAGAUUACAAAGAGGAACGACUGCUAAAUAAACACAGUUCAGUGACAAAAAUUAACAAAGUGUUUAACUACUAGUUACUUAUCAGGAGAAGUGUGUCUAAAGGGAAGCUGAUGGAGUUCACCUGUAGUCAUUUCAUUCCUCUGGUGUUGGGCAGUAUCGGGGUCGUCACCCUGUACAAGCUUCUGCUGAGAGUUCGGCAAAAGGUCUGCAUCCAAGAUGCUGUUGUGGUGGUUACUGGAGCCAGUUCCGGUCUAGGGCGAGAAUGUGCUAAAGUUUUCCAUGCAGCUGGAGCCAGGCUCGUCUUGUGUGGCAGAGACAAGGCGAGGCUUCAAGACUUGGUGAAAGAGCUAACCGGAGUGAUUGACACCCAGAGGAAGACCUAUCCUCCUAGUGUGGUAACCUUUGACCUGUCAGACACAGAGGCCAUGGCCAGUGCUGCUGAGGAGGUCCUGCAGUGCUUUGGCCACGUGGACAUCCUGAUUAACAAUGCGGGAAUCAGCUAUAGGGGCACCAUACUGGAGACUGACAUCCAGGUCCAUAAACAAGUCAUGGACAUCAACUACUUUGGGGCAGUUGCUUUAACAAAAGCACUUUUGCCAUCGAUGGUGCAGAGGAGGUCAGGUCACAUUGCAGUGGUCAGCAGUGUCCAGGGGAAGAUAGCCAUCCCCUUCAGAUCAGCGUAUGCAGCAUCUAAACAUGCGACCCAGGCCUUUUUUGACUGCCUGAGAGCUGAGGUAGAACAGUUUGGGAUUGAGGUGUCUGUGUUCAGCCCUGGAUACAUUCGAACCAACCUCUCUGUUAAUGCAGUUACUGGAAACGGAUCCAACUACAAUGUUCUUGAUAAGAACACAGCAGAAGGCAGGGAUCCCCAUGACAUUGCCAUGGUGAUGCUAAACUGUAUGAGCAGGAAGAAGAAAGAUGUCCUGCUAGCUGGAGUCUUGCCCACACUGGCUGUCUACUUCAGGACUCUGUGUCCCAGCCUCUUCUUCAUCAUCAUGGCUUCCAGAGCCAGGAAAGAGCGGAAACUCAAAGACAGCUAGACCUGUACAGUAUGAGCUCCCUGUCGCAGAUAAUAUCACCACACACUUUCUAAUGUACAUGGUUGAAUAAUGUUCUGUUGGGAUCAGCCAAGCCCAGAUCAUUUUACCUAAAAUUAAAGCUACGAUUUGUGACUAUUGUUGCACUCAGAAUAUUCAAAUGUGGAGAAAAAGAAAACAAAUAACUACAUGGAUAAUGCAUGGCUGUUAAAUACUACUAGACAACUCGUAAAUUAAAAACUACUGAUUUAAUGGAAUAAAGUCACAUGUAUUUAUUGA